CACUACGGCCACACCAUUUCACGAAACAACUCGACAACUACGUGGCUGCGCUCGUUCACAAAAUAAUCAAAUUUUAGGUCAGAAAAACCGACAAACACAAUGGAAGGAAUGCUCACCAAGCUGCUGCUAUUCCUGGGCAGCUUCCUGCUGCUGUGCCGCAUCGGCGAGGGCUUUAUCGUUAGCGUGGAUGCCCACAACGAGGAGUGCUUCUUUGAGAAUGUCGAAGGCGGCACCAAGUUCGGCGUCACCUUUGAGGUGAUUGACGGCGGUUUCCUGGACGUGGACAUCAAAAUCACCGGUCCCGACAACCAUGUGAUGCACGAGAGCGAAAAGGAGUCCUCCGGCAAGUACACGUUUGUGGCCCCGGCCAAGGGUACCUACACUGUUUGCUUCAACAACGAGCGCAGCAGCAUGACACCCAAGCUGGUCAUGUUCUCGAUCGAUGUUGGCGAGGCACCUCAGCGCGCUCCAGGUGCACCUGGCGAGGAGGAGGUGGGCCACACCAAGCUGGAGGACAUGAUCCGUGAGCUCUCAGGCACGCUGACCAGCGUUAAGCACGAGCAGGAGUACAUGCAUGUCCGCGACAAGAUCCAUCGCUCGGUGAACGAGAGCACCAACUCCCGCGUCGUUCUGUGGUCCACGUUUGAGGCCCUGGUGCUGGUCCUCAUGACAGUUGGCCAGGUGUAUUACCUGAAGCGCUUCUUCGAGGUUAAGCGAGUCGUUUAAGGCCAGAGAGCUCGAAGGUUUAGAAAAAAGGAGCAAUGAAUGGAGAAUGGAGGAGAGACACACCACACUCACAGGGGUAAGGUGUGUGUGUGUGUGUGUAUGUGCGUACGUGUGAGGUGUUGAAGUCUCAGAUUAAUUUAAACGAAGAAAAUCCUUUUGUAAU